AUGUCGUUCGUUCGUGAGAUCAACGUUGGUCCCCACGUCAGUGGAGACUCGAAGAACCCCCGCGAUGAAGCUGUCUCGCUGCAGGAGCCUGUGAAUUUGAUGGGUCAAGGCAGUCCAGGUGUUCGUCGCAUCGAAAUUAUUACAUCGUACUUUCGAUUGCCUGAUCGGGUCUGUCUGUUUUUCGCAAUUUUCCUGGUCGCCUAUGUGUAUGGUCUGGAUGGAACUGUUCGCUAUACAUAUCAGCCUUAUGCCACUCAAAGUUAUGGUGAGCACAGUUUGCUUGCGACUAUCAAUGUUCUCCGAGCCGUCAUUGCUGCUGCUGCACAGCCUACUUCGGCAAAAAUUGCAGACGUGUUCGGCAGAGUGGAACUUAUCCUCGUCUCAAUCCUCUUCUAUACCGUGGGUACUAUUGUGGAAGCAUGUGCAACGAGUGUGGAAGGUUUCGCGGCGGGCGCUGUUAUCUACCAGAUUGGAUACACCUGUAUGAUGCUUCUGGUUGAAGUCCUCGUCGCCGAUGUCACUUCCAGCCGAUCUCGUCUCCUUUUCUCUUAUGUUCCGGCCUUGCCAUUUAUUAUAAAUACCUGGAUUAGCGGCAACCUGACUGCAGCCGUUCUUAAAGUCACUACAUGGCAAUGGGGCAUUGGCAUGUUUGCUAUUAUUUAUCCCGUGUGUGCACUCCCUCUUAUUGGGGUCCUUUUUUUCGUCCAGCGACGUGCGAAGAAGUCUGGGGCCCUUGAAUCGUACAAGAGCUCUCUCGAGAUCCUGGGGAAAAAACAGCUGGCUGUCGAACUGUUCUGGCAUCUGGAUAUUGUCGGCAACAUUCUGCUGAUUGCCAUGUUGGCGUGUAUUCUUGUUCCAUUCACUCUUGCUGGAGGUGUAACUGCACAAUGGAAGACAGCAAAGGUGAUCGCGCCGCUUGUCAUAGGCGUUUUGCUCAUCCCGGUUUGGAUUUUCUGGGAGAGAACCUGCAAGCACCCGAUGCUGCCAUUCAACCUUCUCAAGGACCGUGCUGUCUGGGGCGCUCUCGGAAUCCCUAUCAUGCUUAACACUGCGUGGUAUUUGCAAGGUGAUUUCUUAUACACCGUGCUAUGCGUCAGCUUCGACGAAUCAAUUCUCAGUGCAACUCGGAUCACAUCUCUUUACAGUUUUGUUUCCGUCAUCACAGGUGUGAUUCUCGGACUUAUUGUCAUGAAGAUCCGCCAAUUGAAGCCCUUCAUCGUGGCGGGAACUCUCCUCUUCAUGGUUGCGUUUGGAAUCCUCAUUUAUUUCCGAGGUGGCGUUGCGAACUCCAGUCAUUCCGGUGUUAUUGGUGCGCAAGUUCUGCUAGGCAUUGCUGGUGGAAUGUUCCCCUACCCAGCUCAAGCCAGCAUUCAGGUUGCCUCCAAGCAUGAACAUCUCGCGGUCAUAACUGGUCUUUACCUCGCCGCGUACAAUGUCGGUAGUGCACUAGGAAACACAAUCUCCGGCGCGAUUUGGAACCAGGUCUUGCCUUCUGAACUAAACUAUAGACUCGGCAACGAAACUCUCGCUGCAUAUGUCUACGCCCAGCCUCUUGCAUUCGCUGCCGCCAACCCUGUGGGUACGUCCGACCGAGAUAAUGUCAUUCUGGCCUAUCAGAAGACGCAGCGUCUGCUCUGCAUCACGGGUAUCUGCUUGACAGUUCCCCUGAUUGCCUUUGCCCUGGUCAUUCGCAACCCGACACUCACCAGGGAGCAAAGUCUUGCCAAGGCAGAGGCAGAGAGCAGUGAUUCUGAUUCUUCCCCUCGUUGA